AUGGACUCCGCGUACGAUCCUUCCUCCGAGGCCGAGCUCCCGUCAUGUAGCGGGUGCAGGAAGCGAAAGCUCAAGUGCUCGAGACAGAAACCGGCUUGUUCCAAUUGCGAGCGACUUCAAACGACAUGCGUCUAUGAAGCACGGCGGGCCAAGCCGGGGUUGAAGAGUGGUGCCGUAGAGGGUCUCAACCAACGGCUAGAAAAGGUAGAGAGAGCCUUGUUUGGACAAGCUCAUACCGAAGAUGGAGGAGAAUCCGCUUUUCCUGACAUUGAGCCUGCUCACGGGGCGAACGUGCCAUCUCCCCUUGAAGCUGUGCUUUCAACCCUGGCUGGAGAGUUGCAGAAACUCAACCAGAAUAUGAUACCAAACAGGCAACAGACACAAGAGACUGCCGCCCGAAAGAGAAGAAGACAUGAGCCCCUAGAGGACGAGGAGCCGCGGCGAGGCUAUGAUGUGAUUGAUGAGGCCCUUGACGACUUGAUAGAUGCAUACUUUUCUCAUGUGCAACCGUGGAUUCCCAUGAUCAACAUGAGAGACUUUAGGACACGGGCUCAAAGCAACAGAGACGAAGUCAAGGUUGUUCUACAAGCUAUGGCUGUAGCCACCCUUCGAUAUCUUGAGCCUGAUGGAGAACCCCUUUCACCAGAGUUUAUCAAGAAUGAGACUUGCAAACUCAGACGAACCGUCCUAUUGGACGCCUUGGAUGGCCUCACUGUGGAGAACCUACAAGCGCUUAUCAUUAUUGCCUUUACCGAUAUUGGGGAUGGCAACCUGGACAAGGCCUGGCCCAUAAUUGGUUCACUUACUAGGACUGUUGAGUACAUGGAACUAUCAGUUGAGGCCGAAGAUCGUCAUCAGCGACCAGCCGUAUUACCGUCUACAACUUGCUUGCCUCCGCCUCUCAAAUGGGUUGAGGAAGAAGAAAGACGGAGGGUUUUCUGGAACAUCUUUAUUCUUGAUAGAUUCUCAUCUGUCGUCAAAGGAUGGAACACGAGCCUGACUGCUGCAGAUGUCUGUCGUAGACUACCUAUCUGCGGUGGUAAAUGGUUUGAAGAUGAGCCUGCAGUCACGCCGUAUUUUGGCAUUUGGGAUCGUUCAAGAGCCAAGAUAGGCAACUCCAUCACCUUUCUUCCAGGACACUACCCAAGCCCUUCUCAUUCAGCAGGCGCAGAGGGUACUGGCACAGAGUCUUCGUCCCAUGGACAAACAGGCUUAAGCACCGUGGAUAUGUCCAUGGUUGGCGCGUUUGCAUACUAUGUCGAGUCCAUCGAGUCACUGAGCCAGAUUACAACCUACUUUCUGCAGACAAAGAUUGACUUUAACAACCGCCAAGAGGUUUCGAGCUGGCUAACGAGGUUCAAAGAACUGGAUCUCCGCUUAGUACAGUAG